CACCCUCAUAUAAAGGGGGCGUGGUGUUCCGGUUGGUUGGUCGAUCGAUCGGAGAUGGAGUUUGGACUUUAGAGGUAUCAUCAUCAUCACUAACGGGGCAUCUCCUUACUUAGGUUGUUGAAUAUCUUUUUUCCUUCAUAUUUAUUUGUCUAUUUGUCUUUAUAUAUAUAUAUAUAUAUUAUAUUAUUGGAUGAUGAGCUUGUCAUUCAAAGCAACCCAUUUUCGGUUCCUCUCCCAGUCGACCUCGCCGCCAAGACCUCAUCCUUACCGGCGGCCGCCACUGCAUAAAACAAGCCCAGGGUGGUGGUGGUGGUGGUGCUUCUUCCGUCACCAAACCAAUAUUGCAGCAGCAAUCCCACAACAACAAGACAAAUCUCUCCAUGUGAUCAAUCAUUUAUACAGUAAUCUUCUGGGCAUAUGCAGGGAACAUUCCAAACAUGUCCAGUCCCGCAAGCUGUUCGAUGAAAUUCCUGAAAGACCUAUUAUUGCCGCUCUAAAGGCUGGUAGAAUAGUACACGCAAAGAGUGUCAAGCUAGGAUUUCGACUCAAUGGACAUUUGGGAAACGCUAUACUCGAUUUGUAUGCCAAAUGUGGACACGUGUCUUUUGCACUUGAGGCUUUUCACGAGCUUGAGAUCAGAGAUUUGCAGGCAUGGAAUUCAGUUCUCGCAAUGUUCUCAAGGCUCGGACGCUUGGAGCAGGUCCUUGGCCACUUUGGGUCCAUGCGCGGGGUGGUGAUGCCGGACCAGUUCACGUUUGCUUUCGUUUCAUCCGCUUGUGCUGGACUGAAAGAUGUUGAAUAUGGGAAACAAGUCCAUUGCAAUGUUCUCAAGCUGGGUCUUGCUUCCAGUUCCUUUUGUGAAGGGUCUCUUAUUGAUAUGUAUGCAAAAUGCGGCCGUUUGACUGACGCCCGACAGAUUCUCGAUGCUUCAGAAGCUUUGGACAAUGUUUCUUGGACGGCCAUGAUUUCGGGGUACGUCCGAGUUGGUUUUCUUGAGGAAUCGCUCAAGCUGUUCGAAUGUAUGCAGAAGAAAAGAGGUCUCGUACCAGACCAUGUCGUAUUUGUUACUGUCAUGAAUGCCUGCAUAACAUUGGGGAAACUAGAUGAUGCAUACCAAAUGUUUGCCAAAAUGAAUAACCCAAAUGUUGUAGCAUGGAAUGUCUUGAUUUCUGGAAAUACUAAACGAGGUCUUGAAAGUGAAGCGGUUAAAAUAUUUCAAGACAUGAGGAAAGCUGAUGUUCGGUCGACAAGGUCCACACUGGGUAGCAUUUUGAGCUCCAUUGCAAGCUUGGAGAAUAUUGACCUUGGUUUGCAGGUUCACUCUCACGCCAUCAAAGAAGGUCUAGCUUUUAACAUUUAUGUGGGGAGUUCUUUGAUUAACAUGUACUCCAAAUGCAGAAAAAUGGAAGACGCCAAAAAAGUAUUUGAUCUUCUCGAUGAGAAGAAGAAGAAUGUAGUGCUGUGGAAUGCAAUACUGGCCGGUUUUGCACAAAAUGAAUACUCGGUUGAAGUCAUUGAGCUAUUUCUGGAGAUGAGAAACUCGGGGGGAUUUCACGCCGCCGACGAUUUCACGUUUACAAGCGUCCUCAGCGCAUGCGGUAGCUUAGAAAAUCUAGAAUUGGGACGCCAGUUACAUGCUUGCACCGUCAAGAAAAACCUCGCUGCUGCAAACUUAUUCGUGGGAAACGCGUUGGUCGAUAUGUAUGGUAAGUGCAGGAAUCUGACAGAAGCAAGACGCCAGUUUGAGCUAAUUCCAGAUCGCGAUAAUGUUUCUUGGAAUGCGAUUAUCGUGGGGUACGUACAAGAAGAAGAGGCGGCGGAGGCUUUCAAAUUGUUCCGGAGAAUGAGGUUAGAAGGGAUUGCACCGGAUGAAGUGAGCUUAACCGGUAUAGCUAACGCCUGUGCGAAUCUUCAAGCAAUCAAUACAGGAAAACAGGUGCACUGUUUAUCUGUGAAACUCGGUUUAGAAAAUGGACUUUACUGCGGGAGCUCUCUAAUAGACAUGUAUUGUAAAUGUGGAGCCAUGGAAGAUGCAUAUGGAAUUCUCAACCGCAUGCCCAAAUUGAACGUGCCUGCGAUAAAUGCUUUAAUCGGUGGAUAUAGUAAGUCAUUGGACUUAGAAAAGGCGGUGAAUCUUCUUUAUGUGAUGCGGGAUGAAGGCUUGAAACCCUCUGAAAUCACAUAUGCAUGUCUAGUAGAUUCGAUUGACGGAGGACCUUCUUCCUUGCAUUUUGGAAAACAGAUGCAUUGUGUUAUCCUGAAAGCCGGGUUUUUGUCUGAUGCUGAUUAUAUUGGCGUAUCCCUUGUUAGCAUGUACUUGAAUUGCGGAGAGUUUCUGGAUGCCAGAAAUGCGUUCCUAGGGUUCCCGAAUCCAAAGAGUUUAGUCCUAUGGACUUGUGUUAUAUCAGGGCAUGCUCAAAACAAUUGCUGUGAGGUAGCAAUAGAGCUUUAUCAUAGAAUGCGGAACUGGAACGUGAUGCCCGACCAGGCAACAUUCGCCAGCGUCCUGAAAGCGUGCUCGUCUUUAGCCGUCCUGAGGGGGGGUGAAGAGAUACACUCUAUUGUUUUCCACACCGGUUUUGACUCCGACACUUUGAUUGCUAGUGCGCUGAUAGACAUGUACGCCAAAUGUGGAGAACUGAGAAGCUCCAUGCAGGUUUUCGCAGAGAUGGAGACUAAGACCAGUGUUGUUCAGUGGAACUCAAUGAUUGUGGGGUUCGCUAAAAAUGGGUACGCAGACGACGCGUUUCGUUUGUUCGGCGAGAUGAGGGAAGCAAACGUGGAGCCGGACGAGGUGACCUUCCUGGGGAUUCUUACUGCGUGCAGCCACACGGGAAGAGUAUCAGAAGGUCGGGAAGUAUUUGAGAUUAUGACUAAACAAUAUGGAAUGAGGCCAAGUUCGGAGCACUGUGCUUGCAUGAUCGACAUUCUUGGAAGAUCGGGCAAUCUGGAUGAAGCGUUAGAGUUGAUUGAAAACCUGGAAUUUGCACCGGGAGUUAUGAUGUGGUCCUCAUUCCUGGCCGCUUGCAGAAUGCACGGGGACGAUGCGAGAGGGAAGGUUGCGGCUGAAAAGCUGAUUGAAUUGGAACCCGGGAGUUCGUCUCCUUAUGUGUUGAAAUCCCAUUUGUAUGCAGCAUCGGAGAACUGGGAAGGGGUUAAUUCGAUCAGGAAGAGGAUGAGAGAAAAAGGUGCAAGUAAGUUUCCGGGAUACAGCAGGGUCAGCUCUAAAUUCUAAUUAAUUAAGAAAAUGAAUUGAAGU